AAUUUCAUUCUAAGCCCGCGUGCGUAACGAGACUUCCGUAGCGCGCUCAUUGGACCUCCGAGAAACAUACGUCAGUGUGUAAAUCGCCCGGGCAGUGCGUUGUUCUGCGGAAAUAUCUCGUAGUUCGCGCCGUCGGACAUCUUCACCGUCACGUUGCAAACGUAUAAUUUUACAGUCGCGCGGUUACUUGAAGAGAAAUAUGAUUCGAGAUGUAAAUCUAUCGUCAUCGCGACGAACUGCAACUGCGAUUACGGCGUCGCUUUCAAGAGAGGAAAGUUAUCAGACAGCGCAAUUUCUGAAAAAAGUGUCUCGAAAAAGACUAUUUAAAAAUUUAAUAUCUCUUCAAGAAGCUCUGGGUUGAACGCGUCGAGCUGUGCAUUCUCUCGAGAGAUAUUCGUAUUAAAAGUCCGAAGCGGAUUACACUCGAUUGCGUCGCGAAAGUGCACGUGUCUGUGCGAAUUUGAAGAAAUACACGAGUCAAAAAUUUUAAGUGGACUCACGGCGCGUCAAUAAAAAAAGAAGAAGAAGAUUGAAAAACCGCUCGCGUACCAUUUGUCAUUUAUGUUGGCAUGUGCGAGUGUAUAUGCGUCGCAAGCAGACGUGCAAUGUGCGUCAUUCUAUAGGGUUCAAUUCGGACGCAAGCGCUGUUGAACAUUAUGAGCGUUAAAUUAUGAGCGUUACGUUCCGAUAUAAAGGAGCUUGCGAGUGUAAGAAGCGUAUUACUGUAGCGAAGCACGCUGCCACGCUGAGAUGAACGUCAUCCUAAUUCCGUUCUUCCUAGCGGCCAACGUGGCCGUCAACGACACGUCGGAAUGGACGUACGGACCGGAGUAUCUGUACAACGUGAACAUGACCUACGUGAUUAAAUCAGACCCGACGGAACCAGUCGGUAACAUGCAGCUGAUAUCCGCGAUGAAGUGUCGGCCAAAGGUGGCGGAGAACAGUCUGCUCUGUAUCCUGCAGAACUCCACGACCAUCAUGUCCCUGGAGAAGGACAACACGAGGACAACGACUCGCGAGAUCAAGACUGAGCAGAUGUUUGAGAUCAAGUUUAACGAGAGAGGCGUGGAGAGUCUGUUGAUCGAGCCGCCGUCCCGCAUGGAGGUUGUCAACUUCAUUCGGAAGAUCGCCAAUCAGCUGAGCGUGGGCACCGACAUGAAGAGGAAGAUUGGCAUGUCGCAGUUCAUGGCCCGCGAGAACACAUCGAUGGGCAAUUGCGCGACCAUGUACAAGAUCACGCGCGAGGAGUUACCUGAAACGCUGGAUACGCUCAAAGUGUGGGAGCACGCCGAUAUCAAAUUGGUGGUGUUGCCGAUGGCGGACGCGAGACCUGGCACGACUCUCACCAUUGAGAAAUCCAGAAUGGGCUGCAUCAAUUCGCCGCGCUACGUAGACUUCACCAUAGGGAUCCUGAAGAUGGGGAGAUUCUUCAGCAAGAUUUACGUCGACGGCGUGAGCGGAUUCGAGACCUACACCGAGUUGGAUGGGAAACUGCGAACGGAAUCCAUAUCGUCCAGAAUAAUCGCGUUCAAGGCCCUGCUGCAGAUGAACCUGGACAGUAUCGUGCCCGCGCAAGAUCCACUCCCGUCCAUCUCCUAUGGAGAAUUGAUCGAUCUAAACCUAAACAACGAUAUACCGAGCAACAUAAUAGAUUAGACGCGAGAGAGAGAGAGAGAGAGAGAGAGAGAAACGUGCACUCUACUUGCCACACUUGUAGAUAAACUGUAGAACUGUAUCCAUUAAAAAAAAGAACUGUAAAGGAACAUUAAUAAAAAGCAUCUAAUAAAAAAAA